AUGCAAGCCACUGGAAAACCACACUCAAAAACUACUAAAUCUAAAAAGUCAGGUUCAAAAGCUAAUAAAAAACCAACAACUUCAAGUGUUAAACCAACUACACCAACUACACCAGUUGACCCAUCAGUAAUUCCACCUGAAAUUAAAGAACCAACUGAAACUUUAUCUACUAUGUAUAAAGAUGAAAAGUGCUUCCCAGAAGGAGAAAAUAUGCAAUAUACACAAGAAUGGAAUUUACAAAGAUUCACAAGUGCUGAAGCCAGAGAACGUGAAAGAGCAUUAAUUGAUAUUGAAGAUUAUAGAAAAGCUGCAGCAAUUCAUAAAAGUGUUAGACAAUGGGCUCAACAAUGGAUUAAACCAGGAAUGUCAGAUCUUUUUGUUGCAGAAAAUAUUGAGAGAAAAGUUAGAGAAGAAUGUGAAGUUGAUGGAGUAAAUACUACAGAACGAGGUAUGGCUUUUCCUUGUGGCCUUUCUGUAAAUUCAUGUGCAGCACAUUUCACACCAAAUCCAAACGAUCCAUUAUCAUUCUAUAAAACUGAUGAUGUUGUUAAAAUUGACUUUGGGGUACAUGUUAAUGGACAUUUAAUUGAUUCAGCUUUCACUAUGACUUGGGACCCUACUUUACAACCAAUUCUUGAUUGUGCUAAAGACGCUACUAAUACAGGUAUUAAAAAUAUUGGUGUUGAUGUUAGAUUAUGUGAUAUAGGUGAUGCUAUUGAAGAAGUUAUGAACAGUUAUGAAGUUGAAAUUAAAGGAAAAACUUAUCAAUUACAACCAGUAAGAAAUCUUUCUGGACAUAUGGUUGGUUCAUAUGCAGUUCAUGCUGGUAAGUCUAUUCCAAUUUGUAAAGGUGGACCUCAAACUAAAAUGGAAGAAGGUGAGGUUUAUGCUCUUGAAACAUUUGCUACUACUGGAAGAGGGCGUGUUGAUGAUUCAGGACCUGCUUCUCAUUAUAUGGUUGAUGCUAAUGCAUUUGAUUAUCCAGUUAGAGAUGGAAAUGCAAAGAGAUUACUUCGUGCACUUGAUGCUAAUUUCAAGACAUUAGCUUUUUGUAGAAGAUAUGUUGAUAAAAUUGGAUUUGCUAAAUGGCAAAUGCCAUUUAAAUUCCUUGUUGAUGAUGGAUGUGUUAAUCCAUAUCCACCAUUAUCAGAUUGUCAUGGAAGUUAUGUUGCACAAUUUGAACAUACCAUUUAUCUUAAGCCAACUUGUAAAGAAGUUCUUUCAAGAAGUUUUGAUUAUUAA